AUGCACCAUCUGCUUGCGCUGACAUGGAUGCUGCUGACGACGACGCGCCAUGGUGCGGCGGCCCCGUGCUCUAUGGCACAAAAUACCUCGCACGCGCAAGCCAUCGCCGCCAACAUCUCGACCUCGUGUGCGGCGGCACUGCACAUGCCGCCGGACAGUGCGACCUUUUACAGUGUCGCGUCCGAGGAAGGCAGCUACACUACAUUGUGUCAACCUGCGUGCAGUGACGAUCUCGCCAAUUACACGAGCCGCGUCCCGUCCUGCGACGAGGCCAAUACGACAAGCCAUGCGCUCACACUGCUGCAGUCGUACUGCUACAAUUUGACGCAUCCAACGAUGGACGGCGGUGCCUGCACCGGUGCGGAUGCCGCUCUCUUUAUCGCGUUGGCCAGCGAGCCGCUGUGGUCCAACUGCUCCAGCAAUGCAAGCAGUAAUGUGAUCGAGCUCUCUUUGGACACGACGGUCUUUCCAGCUUACUGCGGUUCACCGAAUUGCGUCGCCAAUAUCGCUGCCGUGCACAACAAGGUACCCAACUGCAACAUCGACCGGUCGGAUCCGGGAGCCAACUUCCGAGUGGCGAUGCAACGUACGUUUAAUUGCACGCCGGGGGACGCUGGAGGCACGUGCACUGCCGGCGACCUCCAGACGCUCACAAAUCUGGCAACGCUUCCCGUCUGGGCCAAUUGCUCGCAAGCGCUCAACCUGCCGCCAUCGACCAAUUUUACGACGUUUUUGACAACGGAGACUCCACCGCAGUGGUGCGCGACGACGUGUCCGGCGUACGUUGCGGUUGCGUUCACCACGCAUGUGCUAGCGUGCGAUCUCACGACGAUUCCGACGAACCUCCAAGGCCCAUUGGGUCCGAUUUUCUCUGUGCUCGCAGCCGCCCAUGUGGCGGUGGCAUCGAUGGGAGUGGCUGCCGCCCAGGCAGCUGCCUUGGCAAAAGAAUGCCCCGUGACUUCCGUUCCAACGACGCCGAAGCCGGUACCAAAGCCAGCGCCGACACCGACCCCGACGCCAAGACCAACACCGACGCCAACACCGACCCGAUCGAUCGCGGCGCCGGUGACGAUGAGCUUGCUUGGCGCGUGCGGGGUCGUACUGGCUAUGCUUCUCUAA